AUGGCAGAGGAAGAUUUGAUCGAACGUGUCGAAAGAACCGAGCUUCCAGCUCCAAUGAUAUCACGGAGGGAAGUAAGUAUCUGGGCUAUCCUCAAGAACUGCAUUGGAAAGGAUUUGAGUAAAAUUACCAUGCCGGUAAUGCUAAACGAACCCCUGAGCUUCCUGCAGAGGCUAUGCGAAUAUAUGGAGUAUGCACAGCUUUUGACACAAGCAGCUCGCCAGGACACUCCAGAAGAUCGAAUGAAAUAUGUUGCAGCUUUUGCCGUUUCUGCUUUGGCUUGCAACUGGGAGAGACUCGGAAAACCAUUUAACCCUCUCUUGGGCGAAACUUACGAAUUGCAGAGAGACGAUUAUCGAAUAGUUUGUGAGCAGGUCUCUCACCAUCCACCAGUUUCUGCAUUUCACGCAGAGUCCAAUGAUUUUAAAUUCCAUGGCUCCAUUAACCCAAAGAUUAAGUUCUGGGGAAAAAGUGUCGAAGUUAAUCCCAAAGGCACGGUCACCAUUGAGUUUCCAAAAUGGAAGGAAACUUACACCUGGACUAAUGUAAACUGUUGCGUGCACAACAUUAUAGUUGGAACACUGUGGAUAGAGCAGUAUGGAAAGAUGGUGAUAACAAAUCAUUCCACCGGUCACAUUGCGAACCUAACUUUCAAAUCAGCUGGUUCUGGGGCCAAAAACUUGCAUCGAGUUGAGGGCUUUGUACGGGAUUCAAGCGAAAAGAAUAUAUUCUUUCUGUAUGGUAAAUGGACAGACUUUAUUAAAUGCUGCUCUGCGGAAUCCUAUGCGCAAUAUAUGAAACUGGGAACCAGAAAGAAUGACGGUGGCGACCCGGGUGAUUCACCUGAUGGAACCCCGAAGAGGAUGUUUUCUAAAUUGAACAGCUUUAAGCUGAGCUCUUUUCGCAGCAUGUCCAUACAAGAUAGCGACAACAUUCCACCUCUUGAGCAAGAGACAAAUGACAUACCAAAGAGCGACUCUGCAUAUUCGCUUGAUGUACCAGACUCCACCGUAUUAUGGAGUUGCAAGCCACGACCUUCCAACUGCAACGAGUACUACCAAUUUACAAACUUUGCGCUGCAGCUUAAUGCUAUGGAUAAAAAUAUGAAACCACCGCUAACACUUUGCCCUACCGACUCGCGUCUGCGACCUGAUAUAUUAUACCUCGAAGAAGGAAAUUUAGAUGGUGCAUCUAAGGAGAAGACUCGCCUAGAAGAAAAGCAAAGACACACUCGCAAGCAUCGAAAAACCACUAAUGGCGAUAAUUGGAUACCAAGAUGGUUUAAGCCUGUAACAAACCCCCACACCAAAACCGAAGAUUGGAACUAUACUGGAGGAUAUUGGGACCGUAAAUACGACAUCGCCAAUACAAUAUUUUAG